AUGGACAGCUUCCAAGAACCGUCGAGAUGGUCGAGGCUGAAGAAAGAGAAGGACGACGACGACGUCGGAGAGGAUAGUAGGAGGAGGAGGACGAGAGGCAGACGCAAACGCAGAGAAGGGGUCCCAAAUUGGGGCCUAGGUAGACUAAGUACCUCCUUGCUGGCUGGUUCAUCAGCAGUCGUACGGGCGGCUGAUUGGACCUGGAGUGGUCGCCUUUGGGGGCACGCACCCGUCGUGCAAAGUACCAGUGACCAGCAUGGUGGAGUUACUCAUGAGGUGCUCCGCUCGCUCUCGUUGGUGUGUGGACCCCUUGGAUCUUGA